UGGCUGUCAUUGGUUAGCUUGCAGGUGACGUGUUAUGUGUGUCAUAACUGUGAGGAAGCGGGAACCCCAUUAUUCGUAACUGGGGCUGUCUCCACGUUGGCUCGCCCGUUGAUUGAAAAAACCCAAAGCUUCACAGAUGGCUGGCGAGAAACAAAUAUGGCAGAAGAUUGGAGAGGGCUUUGUCGCAGAAUAUUACAACCAGUUCGACAAUACCAACAGGGCGGGACUGGGUAACCUGUAUUCUACUGAGGCCUGUCUGACGUGGGAAGGUUCAGUUUUUAUCGGGAGAGAAGCAAUCGCUGGCAAGUUAGUAAACUUGCCUUUCAAGCGUAUUAAGCAUGUUAUCACAGAACAAGACAUCCAGCCCACGAUAGAUAGUUGUAUCCUCAUCAUGGUGUUUGGACAGUUACAGGUAGAUGAGGAUCAACCAAUGGCCUUCCAUCAAGUGUUUAUGCUCAAGGGCCAAAACUGCUCAUGGGCCUGCACUAAUGACGUGUUCCGGUUGGGGAUACACAACAUCCCAGUGUAGUGAUCUGGUUUUGCUGGUUCAGACACAUUGACAUCCAGUUUGGAAUUCAUAAUGGGGUCAUGAUGUCAUUGAAAA